AUGUCCUCCGACGAGAGCACCAAGGCCGCGCUGCACGCCAACUGCAUGGAGAAGGCCGAGACCUUCGAGGCGGAGGUGAAGUCGCGCAACGAGGAGCUGAAGGCGCUCGCAGAGGCCAAGAAGGUGCUCAAGGAGACCACCUCCGGGGCUGGCGAGCAGAGCUAUCUGCGCGCGGGCGCCUUCCUGCAGCUCGGCUCCGGCAUCGCGUCGGGCGUCGACCUCGCGCACUUCGAGGCUGGCCCUCCGGACCGCUGGGCGUCGCUCGUUCCGGGCUCGUGCUUUCCCCUGCCUGGCUGCCGCUUCCCUGCGUCCUCCGCCAGGGUGGAGGCCUACCCCAGCCUGGAUGCCCCACACAGGGCGUGCUUGACCUCCUUGGGCGGCCCGCUGUGGCUGGGGUAUUGGCCCUUGCUGAUUCUCGCCAAGGUAUUCUUUACCCUUGCGCGUAGGUUGGCCACUUCACUGCUCUGCCAGCUUCACUAA